GAUGGCCGCCAGUGGACUGACUUGCUAGAGUGACUUUAGUGUAGAGGAGGUGUUUAUCGGACUGACGUUGCUCAACCCAGGAAGGAAGAAGUACCUGCUUGGACUUGACAAUUCACGUGUUCCUUCUUUGAAAUAGUAUUUAAUUGUAAUGGCAGGUAUUUCUACAAAGACUGUGCACGAGAUCUUGCAGACAAUGGAAUAUGGAGCAUCCAGCACGAGCACUGCAGUUGCACAGGCCUGGCUAGAAAAGCAUUCUCGUACUCUUGGCCUCUUCAUUGAUGGGAAAUUUUCCUGCCUUGUAGAUAGACAGACACUGAACGUGACUGAUUCCAAAGCUGAGAUGGUCUGCAGCAUUGUUUGUGCUAAAGAUGAGGAUGUUGCAUCCGCUGCCGCCGCUGCAGCUGGAGGCUUGAAAACCUGGAGUGAACUGAGCUGUUACAAAAGGGCCAAAGUCUUACUCCGGUUGGCGAGUGUUCUGCAAAAACACAGUCAGUGUGUAUCUGAGCUGUGUGAGCUCUCUCAGUCUUCCACUUCACCCGCAGCACUGAUUAGACUGGCCCAGUACUAUGCCAGCUGGGCUCAACUACGAGAAACACUUAUGACUGAAUGGACCCCAAAAGGUGUUGUGGCUGUGGUUGUUUCAGAUGAAUGCUCUGUCUACUCUCUUUUGCUAAAGGUUUUACCAGCUCUAGCUAUGGGUAAUGCUGUUAUUGUUGUACCUGGCAAGUCAACCACUCUUCCUGCCCUUCUGUUGGCUCAGCUGUUUAUGGAGGCAGGAUUUCCAGCUGGAGUUUUGAAUGUGGUGACAGGCAGUGAAGCAUCACUGGGUGCCAAAGUGGCUCAAAAUCCACAUGUGAACCACCUGACCUACAGUGGAUGCAAACAGACUGGAGAGGCACUGGCUAAAGCAGUGGCUGGUUGGGGAGUCCCCAUGUCAUUGUCUCUUUCAUUCAGCUCUGUGUGCCCUUUUAUAAUCUUUGAAUCUGCGGACAUCGACAGUGCAGUGGAUGGAGUUAUAGAGAUUGCCUUCAAAAAGAAGAGAGAUUUGCAGUGGGUGCUUUAUGUACAGGAGUCAGUGUGGGAAAGUGUUGUAGCCAAGCUGAAGUUGAGAAUAGCUGGGAUGAAAUGUGUUCCUCUUGCAACUGAGAUGGACAGGAAUCUUAUAGAUGCUGCAGUUCAAGAGGCACAACAGCAGGGGGCAACGCUGAUCCAGUCGUGUGCACCACCUUCUACUGGUGGUCUCUACACCCCUACUGUACUAUGUGGUCUGGCUCCCUCCUGUGCCUCUGUGAUUUCACCUCCUCCAGGCCCUGUGCUGCCCCUUGUAUCUUUCAGGAGUUCUGCUGAAGGAGUUACUCUUGGAAACCACAGCCCUCAUGGUCAAGCUGCAUCUAUCUGGACCGAAGACUUGACUCUGGCUUUGGAGUCUGCAAAGAGCCUGUGUGUAGGCUCUGUGUGGGUGAACUGCCAUUCUGUCAUGGAUCCCGCACUACCUCUGUGUGGACGGAGGGAGAGUGGGAACUGCACUGAUGGAGGCAGAGAGGGACUGUAUCAGUUCCUGCGCCCCUCUCUGUCACCCUCCCACCCACGCUGUUCAUGCACCUCUAUGAACUAUGCAGAUUUUGGCUCUGUAGUAUCCAAAUUCCUGAUACCUGAAGGAUUUGAUCCUUCCAGUGUCCCUCGCUUUUACUCCCAGUUAGUGGGUGGUCAGUUGCGUAAAGCUGACUCUGGCCACAGCAGGUCAGUGUUGGCCCCUGGGGGUACUGUGCUGGCUCACUGCCCGGAUGGAGGCAGGAAGGAUGUCCGUAAUGCAGUAGAGGCAGGCAUUAAGGUCCAGCCAGUGUGGAUGAAGAAGAGCCCUGCUACACGCACUCAGUCCCUUUACUCACUUGCUGACAGUCUUGAGAAAAGGAGACGGGAUAUGGCUGUAUCAAUCCAGAGUCAAACCGGCAUCUCAUUUGAAGAGGCGGACAAAGAGGUGGAGCUGAGCAUCUCGAGGCUCUCUGAUUGGGCUGCACGCUGUGAUAAAGAGCAGGGAGGAAUUCCAUUUCUGCCCCAGUCUGGCUCUGCCCUGUUGACUCCUGAGGCUUUAGGCGUGGUGGGUGUGAUUCUCCCCAGCUCCAAACCACUUCUUUCUUUGGUGUCCCUGCUGGGGGCUGCUGUUGCCAUGGGUAAUGCUGUUGUUAUGGUGCCAAGUGAAAAAUACCCUCUUCCAGCUCUUAAUUUUAUACAGGUCCUGCAGGCCUCUGAUAUUCCAGGGGGUCUGGUCAGUAUAAUAACAGGAAGCAGGGAUCAGCUGACCCAGGCACUUGCCAACCACAGUGUGAUUCAAAGCCUUUGGUAUUGGGGAAGUAAAGAGGGCUGUCAGUUCCUUCAAUACUCCUGUGUCAAUCCUCUUAAACGUCUGUGGCUCCACUGUGAAGAGGAGGAGAGUGAAGGAGGCAGAGACUGGACCAGCUUAAAUCCUUCUCUUCAAGAAGAGCUUUGGAGGAAGGCUGUGGUCUGGAAGAGUGUGUGGAUCCCUACUGCAUAAAAACACUUAUUCAGCUAGAGGAACAAGGGGAGGGGGUGGUAGUAUAUUUUGGGAAAGUUUAUGGGGACAUUAGAAGAAUUUGUAACAUUUGUUUCACUUUAAGGUCAUGUGUAAAAAAUGUUUUUUUAAAUUUUAUUUUAUAUAUAUAUAUAUAUAUAUAUAUAUAUAUAUAUAUAUAUAUAUAUAUAUAUAUAUAUAUAUAUAUAUAUAUAUUUGUUGACUGACUGAGACUGGUUUAGAUGCAGUUGUAGUCUGACAAAGAAUUAGUAUUACCCAGGUCUAACUUGUAUUUUUUCCAAUAUAUCAAUCAGGUUUUAUCAAAAUUAGUGACAUUAAAACAAAACUGAUAAUUCUUAUUGGUUAAAAACACUAUGCGCUGACAUCGCAGUGAAUUUCAGUUAAUAGAUGUUUGUGGGUGGUAUCUCAUUUAGCAUUGAUAUUGAUGUUAAAAUUACCAAAUCUUAAAGUGAUAAACUGUAUUUUAAAUUAUUAUAGGUAUUUCUGUUAGAGAUACAGCCUUACAUUUUUGAUGGUAUGAAUAUUUUUUAUGGACAAAACAGUUGAAGACAUCCUAAUUAAAUGAUCAAAUUAAUACAACUGUAGGCAGAAAUGGGUGUUUCCUGGUGUUACUAAACUGAAAGGUAGUCACUUCAUUCUGUAACUGACAUUUAAAGACAUUUUCUAAGAACCACCCAAAAAACGAAGCAAUUUAUAUUGUGAAAAUACUAAUAACUUUGUCAAAUGGAAAUACUUAGGAGUGUAUGAAUUAAAGUGACAUUAAGGAAUGCAGUUUACUUUGACAAAGUUGAAAUGAGGAUUACACACCCCUGUGAGUUGACAUUAUGUCUUACAUAACAGGAAAUAAAUGUGGAAAUGCUGAGUCACAGUGACACAGCUCUUCUCAGUGUCAGCUCUUUUGAAUUUAUGCUUACUGUGGCUGCCACACCAAGGUUUUGUUAGCAAUUUUGGGUACAAAAAGUGAUUAGUCACUAUCACCUGACUGCUUUGUAUCCACAGGCAUUAACCAUGUGGAAAACUAGGCUAAAUCCAUAACUGAAUAACAUGUUAUUGCUCAAUGGUCCCAUGGUAUUUGCCAUAAAAUAUUAAUAUAGUGAUACAUACAAUAGUAAAUAUCUGCCCAAAAAACAAACAAACUUGUAGAUAUUACUAUGAUUUUAUUUUUAAAUUCUUGUCUUCAUAGUGAGAAAAUUAUUAUUUCUAAGCAUUAGUAAACCAUGUUAUUAUUCAUUUAUGUUAUUACUAUCAGCAUCUAGUAUCUAACCUUUUGAUCCAUUGGCCUACAAACAAGUACAAACAAAGGUAAAUGUAGGGAUGAAAACAGUACUUUCAGUUUUCCUGGAAAUAGUUUAUGGUUAAACCUUCAAUGUUUGUUGUGAAAAUACAAUGUGGCACAUGGUGCUUAAUAAAAAAUGAACAAGAUGCUGCGAUAUAUUAUAAA